AUGUCUCUGAAUCAAACGCAGAUCAAGCAGGAAAUCACCCUCCCACCUGGCCUGAGCAAAGCGACUUCAAAGCAAAGCCAAGAUCCUGUGCCCAGCGCUGAGCCAGUCCCACAGCAGCAACCUGAAGUCCAAGACCCAGAACCAGUCCCAGUAGUACUGGUGCCAUGUCCAGAGAAAACAGCACCAUUGCCAGCACCAGUGGAGGAACCAGGCAAGGGAGAAACACCAGUGGUCGUGAUACCUGAGUAUCCUCCCCAGGAGCAGCAGCAGCAACAGCAAAGCAAGCUACCACCGACUUUCCCACCUGAAUUACGCCCUGAAGAGAAAACGGCGUGCAAAGAGCUGCCUGAGACCCCCGUGCCAGUUCCUGCUACCUCCUCGGAGGCUGAAGCACAUCCCCAGGAGAAGCAGCAACACAAGGAAAUCCCUGUGCCUGUCCCUGCUCCAGACCCUGAACCUGCACCAUGUCCCCAGCAGAAGCAGGAGCACAAGGAGACCCCUCUGCCAGUCCCUAUUCCAGACCCUGAACCUGCACCGUGUCCCCAGCAGAAGCAGGAGCACAAGGAGAUCCCUGUGCCGAUCCCUGUUCCAGACCCUGAACCACAUCCUCAGGAGAAGCAGGAGAGCAAGGAGACCCCUGCACCGAUCCCUGUUCCAGACCCUGAACCUGCACCGUGUCCCCAGCAGAAGCAGGAGCACAAGAAGACCCCUGCCCCAGUCCCUGUUCCAGACCCUGAACCUGUACCAUGUCCCCAGCAGAAGCAGGAGAGCAAGGAGACCCCCGUGCCCGUCCCAGCUCCCUGCCCCGAGCAGGGGAAGUCCUCCCUUCCGGAGAAGCGUCCUCCCAUUGAGCAGCAGCAGGUGAAGCAGCCCACCCAGUGGCCUCCGGCGCAGAAGUAA